UCCGGCACUCGGAGGAUCCGUUUGCGCCGUGCCAGAGCUCUGCUAACGCGGCCGGUCGCCGGGCGGGUGCCGUGCGUCCACGCAGAACUCGGUUUGGCGUAGGAGGAGCCCCGGGGCUAGGAAGCGGCCGGAGUUAAAACGUCCAUAGCGGUGCGGCAGCUUUCGGAGCGGGGAGAAAAAAAAUGAAUUCUGAAAGCUCUGCGCUUACCAUGAGUAGUCCUGCCUUAAUAAACCAGUGUGCCAGAGGAGGAAUGGAAGAAGAAAAAGUUUGGCCAAAACAACAGCAACAGAACAAUUUUUCCUUGUUUCCUUCUACUAAAGGCUGGAAUUUCAGAGGGAAGAAACGAAAACAAAGUACUCAAGAUGAAGAUACCAUCAGUAUCUGCAGCCUGGAUACAAGCGAACCCAGUAACAAGCGGGUCAAGCCUCUUUCUAGAGUUACAUCACUAGCAAAUCUUAUUCCUCCUGUACGAGCCACUCCAUUGAAGCGGUUCAGCCAGACGCUUCAGCGCUCUAUCAGUUUCCGCAGUGACAGUCGCCCAGAUCUAUUCAGUCCACGGCCGUGGUCUCGAAAUACGCCUGCUGCUAACACAAAGCGGAGAGACAGCAAGCUGUGGAGUGAGACCUUUGAUGUCUGUGUCAAUCAUAUGCUUACGUCUAAAGAAAUCAAGCGUCAGGAGGCUAUAUUUGAACUUUCCAAGGGAGAAGAAGACUUAAUAGAAGAUCUGAAGCUAGCGAAAAAGGCUUAUCAUGACCCAAUGCUUAAACUUUCCAUAAUGACAGAGCAAGAGUUGAACCAAAUUUUUGGAACACUGGACUCUCUAAUUCCUUUACAUGAAGAUCUUCUCAGGCGACUUCAAGAAGUCAGGAAAUCUGAUGGAUCAACAGAACAUGUUGGCCAUAUCCUUGUGGGCUGGCUUCCAUGCUUAAACUCCUACGAUAGCUACUGCAGCAAUCAGGUAGCAGCCAAAGCCUUACUGGAUCACAAGAAACAAGAUCACAGAGUGCAAGAUUUCCUGCAGCGCUGCUUAGAGUCACCUUUUAGUCGCAAACUGGACCUUUGGAAUUUCCUUGACAUCCCAAGAAGCCGUUUGGUUAAAUAUCCAUUACUGCUCAGAGAGAUUUUGAGACACACACCAAAUGAUCAUCCAGAUCAACAGCAUCUUGAAGAAGCUAUUAACAUCAUUCAGGGUAUAGUGGCUGAAAUCAACAUAAAGACUGGUGAAUCUGAAUGCCAGUACUACAAAGAAAGACUUAUUUAUCUUGAAGAAGGACAGAGGGAUUCACUCAUUGAUAAUUCACGUGUUCUGUGUUGUCAUGGCGAGCUGAAGAACAACAGAGGAGUGAAACUGCAUGUCUUCCUCUUCCAAGAAGUCUUAGUUAUUACUCGAGCUAUCACUCAUAAUGAACAGCUCUGCUACCAGCUGUAUCGGCAGCCAAUUCCAGUGAUGGAUCUUGUGUUAGAAGACUUGCAAGAUGGCGAGGUUCGAUUGGGUGGAUCCAUACGUGGUGCAUUUAGCAACAAUGAGAGAAUCAAAAACUUCUUUAGAGUCAGCUUCAAAAAUGGAUCUCAAAGCCAGUCUCACUCACUGCAAGCUAAUGACUCCUUCAACAAACAGCAGUGGCUUAAUUGCAUCCGGCAGGCUAAAGAAAAAGUUGCGUGUGCAGGAAAAGCUGGAGUGCUGAGCUCAGAAGCAUGUUUUAUUUUGUCACCAAAUGGAAGCAGAGUAUCCCAGGGAGAAACCAUGAUUGAGCAAAUGGACCAAUCUGACAGUGAGUCAGACUGUAGUAUGGACACCAGUGAGAUCAGCAUCGACUGUGAACGUAUGGAACAGACAAACCCUUGUGAAAAUGAAAAACAAAUAGAAACCAAUGUUUGACACAAACUUAUUCAUGGAACAAAACCUGUGUUUUACCUGUACAGUAUUUGCAUUCCACACAUGGAACCAUUUGGAGAAGCACUUUUAAAAUAUUUUUUGUGACAAUGCCAAUGCAGUCCUUCUUGUAUAGUACUCGUAUGCGUGUAGUACUGUAACUGCCAGUUUGUGUAAGCUGGAAUCUCCUGCAACUCAUGCCCCGUGAUUAUACUUCACAAACAUCUAACAUGGAUGAAAGAGGUACUUGACCAGUUAUUCUCAAUGUCCUGCUGUAAACAGAAUCUCUAAACUACUGCUUAUAAGUGCAUUACACAAAGAAUCUUCCAUAAUUUUUAAGUACUUUAUUUGCCCUUAAUUGGGCAGCUGAAGAUGGGGACUUAAUAUUGAGUUUCAGGAAUGGGUAAUAAGAUUUUAAGUUUUCACAAAGACUUGGAAGUUAAAAACAGUUCAGCGUAAAAA